GAUUCAAUGGCGGCUAACGUCAGGUAACUUCGAGUCGCCCAACGGCGCGAAGACGACAGUCUGUCACCAUCCGUCACGGUAAUUCAUGCGUUUCGCCGGGAACACUCGACGAUUUGAUCAUCACCGGGACAUCAUUUCCCGCACCCGGACUCGAGCUACACCAGCUGCGGGAGCUGUUCCGGGACGUUCGCCAUUUUUAAAAGGAGCUCGAUCAGCCGCCCGCCGCCGCGCGCGCGAUCGCAGCGACUACGUCGUUCUCGACCGGGCGGGGGACGUGGUGGGGCGCGAAGGGAGAGGCAGCAAAGUGCGCGGCGAGGUGGUCUCCGAGCGACGGUGAUCGCGAACUCUCAACGACUACGUAGUGCCGAUCGUCGUCGAGUCGUGUGUGUGACGCAUCGCGUCGACGAGGAUCCGUUCGCGAUUCAUGGGCGUGUUCCGGCCCGUCGGCUGAUAAGGCGAGAGAACGAUUCGCCGCGGGUACGUGAGACGGAGAGAGAGAGAGAGAGCUCGCUGCGGCGACCGACGAUAUACGAUGUAAAGGUAAACCCACGACGGAGAAGAGGGCCGUCCCUUGCGCGUUCGAGCUCGGCCAAAGUCUAGGUGUAAGUGUCGGUCGGGCUGGGAGUCGUCGACAGCCGAGAGAGAGAGAAAGAAAGAGAGAGAGAGAGCGAAAAAGCUUCUUCGUCGUCGGGCGACGGUGACUUUUACGCGGCUUCCACCAGCUCCCGUCGCGGUGUAGCGAGCCGCCCUCGCCACAGCUAGGAUGUCGAGUCUGCCGCAGAUGUCGAGCAGCGGGCUCAGCAAGUUGAAAAAGAAACACUUUCGGGUGAAGCACCAGAAGGUUAAGCUGUUCCGCGCGAACGAGCCGCUGCUCAGCGUGUUUAUGUGGGGUGUUAAUCACACGAUAAACGAACUUAGUCACGUUAACAUUCCAGUAAUGCUCUUGCCGGACGAUUUCAGAGCUUACAGCAAGUUAAAGGUGGAUAACCAUCUCUUCAACAAGGAGAACAUGCCAUCCCACUUCAAGAUCAAAGAAUAUUGCCCGUUAGUCUUUAGGAAUUUGCGAGAGAGGUUCGGCAUAGACGAUCUCGAUUACAAGGAGUCGAUGACGAGAUGUCGGGCGUUUAAUCCGUCGCGAGCGAAGCAACGCUCGGAUUUGGUUUCCGUCUGCAGAAGGACUCGUCACUUGGUUCAGCGCUCCGCUACCACCCCGUCGAUUACUCUUUCCUCUCCUUCUGUCUCCUCGCAAAUUUCGAUUCUAAACAAACCGCUGCGUACCUACGGUUUUAAACCAAAACGCCUGAGAUCGCAGCCGGUGCUCGACGACUCGUCCGGAAAGAGCGGCGCGAAGUUCUACCAGUCCUAUGACAAGCUGUUCAUCAUUAAGACCCUCACGAGCGAGGAAGUGGAGAGGAUGCACUCGUUCUUGAAACAGUAUCAUCCCUACAUCGUCGAGCGACACGGGAAGACACUGUUGCCGCAAUACCUGGGUAUGUAUCGGCUGACCGUCGACGGUGUCGAGCACUACGUGGUCGCCAUAAGGAACGUGUUCUCGAAUCACUUGACCACCCACAAGAAAUUCGACCUGAAGGGCUCGACGGUGGACCGGGAGGCGUCGGACAAGGAGAAGGAGAAGGAUCUUCCCACUUACAAGGACAACGACUUCGUCAAGGAGGGCAUGAAGAUCUACAUCGGAGAAGAGGCCAAAGCUAAGCUAAUAGAAACCCUAACCGCCGACGUAGAAUUCCUGACGAGACUACACCUGAUGGAUUACUCCUUGCUGCUCGGUCUGCACGAUUGCGCACGCGCCGAACAAGAGAGCAGAGAGCGCGCGGAGAGGGAAGAGGACGAGGAUAAUCACGAGGAGGAGGAUGACAGUGAGUCCGGCAGCGGACUGGAGUCCCGAGGCCCGGCGGGAGACCGCCUGUGGGGUUGGGGCGGCGUCGGCGCGCUCACCAGCAUGGCAACGCCUCCCGAGUCGCCGCACGCCGCGCUGAUGCGCGACACCAGUUUACAGUACGAGGACGCGAUCAUACCUGAACUAGACAUUUACGCUAUUCCUAGUAAAGAAGGUGCUCCUACGAAGGAGAUCUACUUCCUGGCCAUAAUAGACGUGCUGACACAUUACGGUGUGCGCAAGCAAGCGGCGAAAGCGGCCAAGACAGUGAAGUACGGUGCUAACGUCGACGGUAUAUCCACCUGUGAUCCAGAACAAUACGGAAAACGAUUUAUAGAGUUCAUGAGCAAAGCCAUAGAAUAGACAGCGGUCGAUCCGGUCCAAGCCUGUGCGAGAGCCGAGGGAAUCUUACGACGAUAUUACCGCUUGUUGUGUGCGUACCGUCGGAGUGAAGUCGCGUUACAACGGAGCAGAGGAAAACAAAAAAAAAAAGAAAACCGCAACUUGCACUUGCAGGGUCUUUGGAGAUGCACGAUCAUCCCGCGGUCUCCGGUUCGGCAAACUUCGGACACUGCGUGUCUGCCGCCGGCACCGGUAUUCUCCUUAAAUAAUAAACGCUUUCGUCGAUAUCGCGCGCGAUAUCGCGGAUAGAAUAAUCGUCGUAGCGAGGUCGUCGCUCGUCUCGUCUCCCGGAGAAGGAGAGAGUUUAGCCGAUAUUUUUUAUCGACAAUGAUUCUCAUUCACGCGCAGUCCGACGCCAGGUCAUUCUCAUUCUCGACCUUAUUAUCGUCGACCAAUCCGCGCGCGUUGUUGCCUCGCACAGUCUCGAUCGUCGUAUGUACGUCGCGCGUGAUCUUCAGGCGUGAACCUCUCCGAGUUCCUCUCGCACCUCCUCGAGGCGGAACGUGCAGGCGACACGCACACACGAAUACCGCGGCUGCGUGGAGGGAUCUUUACAAACGCAAUGACAAACGCGCCCCCCCCCCCCGUCUUGUUUUCCGCACACCACGCACAUGCACGGAUUUUCGAAAGAACGGAUACGCGAUAUUUGACGACGACUCGCGUAGGACCGAGCGAGGAUCAGUUUCCAUUGUACUACGUGCGAAUCGGGUGGUAGGGAUGAUAUCUGCGUGAAUUAGACGGAAUUCUCGAAACCGCACAAUGCUUCUAUCUCUCUCUCUCUCUUUCCCCCUCUCCCUCCCUCUUUAACCGAUAUAUCAGUAGCCGUGAUACUUCGCGGGAGUAUGUCGAUUAAACAGCGAUCGACGGGCAAUAGUCAGAUGCGUACUGUAGGUUACAGGAAAAAAGAAAAAAAAAAGAAGAGCAGAUAUUCAACUCGAUGUUACCGUUGCAAUAAGUCCCGAAGGCGGGAUCCUGAUCGCGAGAAACAAAUGCGGCGCUUUCGUCGAGCGUGUAGCACCGAAUCGUUCGUCGCGAAACGUAAUCAUCUCGAGGAAGCUACCGAACGUCUCAAGGUAAUCGACGCGGUCACACGAGAGAGUGAUGAGCGACACUUCUCGUGUGCCGAGGUCAGUGUACACGUUACGUACACUCACAUAUACAUAGACAGACGUACACACACAAACACACACGCACACACAUACGUGUAUGUAAUGCAUAUACAAGAGCCACGAAUAAAUGUUACACUCCAGA